AUGACAGCAGAGCACCAAUCUCACCAGCAUCAUCAUCCGCAUCACGGUCACCACACGGGUAAGAGAUUGAGACAUUUCCUCAGACCCGAUGGAAGAAAAGUACACAUUGCGAGUUCGCCCGAUGAAGCAAACCACAUGAGGAGGAAACUCAGCGCUGCAGAGGAGAAGGAAGAUUUCGAUCUCGUCGUCCAUGGAUCUCCCGAACAUAUUGAAGCACUCCGCCAUACACACGCCCACCACACAGCGCACCGCCGCCGGCUCCAUCAGGACCACGGCGACCUAGCCCAAGAAUUUGAGCGUGUAAUACGCGAUCUUGACGCCCUAUCUACCGAACUACACAUGCUGACCUCACACGCCGUGCAAUUGGACGCCAACUUUUCCAAAUACGGUUACUCGGCCCAUCUUCGCACCAAAGAAGACUUCAACACAGCAGACCCUACAGACUCAUCUGCCUCUUCUUUCUCAUUUGACAAAGAAACAUGGCAUGCAGACCGCCACCAUGGCGCUAGCAUCCGUCUCUACCAAAAGCCUAUAGUACGCCAGUACUUCCACAAAGGUCUUCUAUGGCGCGCAAAAGAAGCCCAAGAAGUCGCCUCGUAUGAACUAUUCAUUGACCUCUUCUACGUAGGAAUUAUUGCCAUCACCGGUGAUUCUGCGGCUGAACACCCAACAGGCCAGUCUCUACUCCAAUUUUCCAUCACCUUCAUCAUGGGAUGGAAAUUCUGGACAGAUAUUGGUGUCCUGGUUUCGUGGUUCGAUAGCGACGACGUUGUGAGGCGGCUUUCAGUGCUUUUCUUGCUCACUUGCCUAUUGGGGUUCACAACAAAUAUGGUUGAAGCAUGGGAGAGGACGUACGCGCCACUCGUAGCGUUCUAUCUGGCAGCCAGAUUGUUUGUAGCAACGAGCUUCUUGUGGUACGCGUGGAUCAUUCCCAUGGUCAGAGGAACCAUGCUCGGCAAUGGAAUUAUCAUGCUCAUUCCUGCGGCACUAUGGAUUGGCAGUAUACAUGUUGAGGAGCCAGCAAGACAGGGAGUCAUCUGGACGGCUAUCGUGUUUGACCUGUUUGGCCAGUUUGGCAUGGUGCUGCUUCAACGGCCUGGAUCGCCAGUAUUCAAGUUCGUUCCCGGUUGGAUUAAGAGAAGUCUGGAAUUCUUUCCAGCGACGAACAUCGAGCAUCGGAUUGAGCGUACGAACGCGUUCGUCACGUUGGUCUUUGGAUCUUGCGUGCUGGGUCUAUUGUACCAGAGCAAUGUUGAGAUGGGUAUUAACGCUUUCUUCGGCAAAGCUGUCUUGGGACUUAUACAGGCCUUUGUGUUUAACUGGAUCUACUUUGAGAUGGACUCUUUCAAUCUGCACACGCAUGCGAUUCGGAGGCAUGUAUACUCUGCAUUGACAUGGUUCUCCGUUCACUUACCCUUCGUCAUGUCUUUCGUCCUAUCUGCAUCGGCCCUCGGCGUCCUAGUUCGUGCUCACGACAUAUCUUCAGCACCUCUCGACUCCUUAUCCGAAACUUUCGUCUCCCGUUCCGAAGACCACAUCUCAGAGGGCCUAGCAUGGUUUUACUGCGGCGGUCUGGGUAUCUCUCUCCUCUGUCUUGCUAUCAUCUCUGCGACACAUGUUCAUCGCACGAUCCCUAAUCAACGCCUCCGCAAACCUGUUCGUCUCGCCUACCGCGUUUGUGUGUCUAUAGUCAUAAUAACUCUGCCUCUUGCGCACCUCGAUAGUCUGCAGUUGAUAGCAACGACUACGGGCUUGGUUGUGUCUGUGCUGGUGUUGGAGUUGGUCGGCGUGUCCUGCUGGGGCGAGAACUUCCUCUGGGAAAAGGAGUGUAAGAGAGACCAGGCGACAUAUAGUGCGAAGUGUGCGAUCAAAAGGGAGGAGUUGGAGAGGAGUGCUCGGGAGGGGACGGUUGUGGAUGUGGAGGAUAUUGCAAGGAGGGAGGUUGGAGAAAAGGGAGUUGUUGGCGUGGUUUGA